UUUUGACCGUCAUAUUCCCUCAUAUUAAAAGAGGAAGGGAAAAAAAAUCAUUUAUUCCCGCCAUGGUGGACCGCCAGGGGGGGCUUCAGCUCUUCGAUCAGUGCAAGAUCUGUAUAAUAUGCUCCAAGGACCUCAGUCCCGAUACGGCGCAACAGCUUGCGACAACUCUCGAGGAGCAGGGUGGUGAAUCCGUCAUCUAUGAACCACCAGCCGCAUUUCCACCAUUACAUGAAUUUACCCAUCUUAUAUCAUCCACCAUCGACUUCCCGACGUUCGAUGCUGCCAAUGACGCUUUGAUCCCUGUUGUCAAACCAACAUGGCUGCAUGCCUGUAUGAACAAAAGAAAACUAGCAAAUCCGCGACAGUAUAGCCCCGAUCCCCGAUUGUUCUUGAACGAUGUUGUGGUUACUUGCGGUGAUAUCCCAGAAGGCGAUAAGGAUGCGAUUAUCGGCGGUGUACUGGCGAAAGGCGGACUCUACAGUCCUAGGAUAACCCAUCUGGUCUCUCACUUAGUCGACCUAACCACGGAUUCCGAUAAGUCUCAAGUUACACUUACCAAAAAGUUGAAUGCGAAGAUAGUACUUCCGCAUUGGUUUGAUGACUGUCUAAAGCUUGGACGACGAAUCGAUGAGCGCCCAUAUACGCUGCCAAACCCGGAAAUACUUCGUGCAGGUCCUGACGCUCCGAUCCGCUCUACAGAUAAUCGAGACAUCGCUGGAGCUUCUACAGCUGAGCCAACUUCACUACCGACACCUCGACCAAAGCUGGAUGUGUUUGAAGGAAAGCAGGUCAUGCUCUCCACAGAUCUUGGAAUUGGCUCGCAUUUGCUAGACUCGAUCACGCAGAUUAUCGAAGAAGGAGGAGGCACUGUCAUAUCUGACGUCUCCAGAGCAGACAUUCUAGUAUGCCGUUACAGAGAAGGCUUUGCGUACCGCAUGGCGUCGAGACUGAAUAAAGAGGUUGGAAACUUAUCUUGGCUUUACCAUUUGAUAACAUACAACACAUGGACUUCUCCCCUUCGACGAUUACUGCAUUACCCUGUGUCACGCACCCCGAUCCCAGGAUUUGAGGGAUUCAAAAUCAGUCUGUCCAAUUACGUCGGAGAAGCUAGGGCCUACUUGGAGAAUUUGGUAGCGGCAUCAGGCGCAGAAUGCACCAAGACCUUGAAACAAGACAACACACAUCUAGUGACCGCCCAUGGAAACAGUGAAAAAUGCUCCGCAGCAAGAGAAUGGGGACUGCAUGUGGUCAAUCAUUUGUGGCUCGAGGAGAGUUACGCAAAAUGGAAGCUACAACCUGUCUCCGACCCCAGGUAUACGCACUUUCCUCGGAGGACCAAUCUAGGUGAAGUGGUCGGUCAAACACGGCUGGACAAGCCUGUUCUCGAAAGCCUUUUUUACCCGUCGGAACACAAAUCCCACGCUCCCACAAGUCCACGUCGCGCUAUGCAGAAAAAGGAUCAGAACGCUGCAGUCGGUAAGGUAGCAGUUUCCGUGCAACCACCACCAGCGAAAGAGCUAGAAGAAGACGGGGACGUCUCUGAGGCUGGGAAUGUAACUCCAGCAGGCAAGUCGCGGAAGCUCUCAGAACACAGGAAGCUACAAACGCCUGCACGUACCCGACUUACUUCGGAAGGCAAAGAAAACGAUACCCCGUCGUCCACAAGCAGCCGGAAGUCCAAAGAAGCUGCAACUGCCCGUCUUCAUGAGAUUGCGCCGGAUAUUGCGUUGUACGAAAAGGAAAGGAAGCGUGUUGGUGGAGUGAUUUACGGGGGCCGUAGAAAGACAGAUGAGGACCGAAUUACGUUGAAUGGCAAGAAGCGAAGAUCAAUUGAACCCCAGGCUGAAAGUGAUGAAGAUGAAGCAACAGAGGCUAAGAGACAGAAAAAAGCAAAGCCUACAGUGACAAUGCAUCUAUUGAUUACGGGGUAUCAGAAGUGGGUAGGGAACUUGAAGAAAGAAGAUGCAGACAAGCGACAACUUCGAGAACUUGGAAUCCAGGUUGUCCAAGACGCCCGAAAGUGCUCUCACCUCGCUGCCCCGUCUAUACUUCGAACCCCUAAAUUCGUCAAUGCACUCGCUUAUAGCCCGAUGAUUAUCAACAUCGAUUACAUAACAUCGUGCCUUAAAAAGAACGAGCUCUUAGAUCCCGCCGAGUUCCUGCUGGAGGACGAAACUGCAGAGAAGCGAUUCGGGUUCUCUUUAGAAGUGUCCACCAAAAACGCUGAGAAAAAUAAGAACAAGCUUCUGCAAGGAUAUCAGAUUUACUGUGUCGAGACUAUCCGAGGGGGCUUCGAGGCCUUCAAAUCCAUUGUCGACACCAAUGGAGGAAAUUGUUCGCUCUUCCGCGGACGCGUCUCGUAUCAGACACAGCGUGAAGAAAGCGAAGACGACAGCGCCGAGGAUGAUAACCGGGGCCGGAAAGAAUUGUACCUUCUCAGCAGUGUAGCACCCGACCAUCAAAGACUAUGGCCGCGAUUCCGCCAGAUGGUUGAGGGCCUUGGCAAAACGCCGCGAAUUGUGCGCGUGGAUUGGCUUCUUGACAUCGCCAUGUCGCAAGAGCUGCGGGCAGCAGAUGGGUACGAGCUCAGUGAAGACAUGGCGGAUAAGAUGGAGGAGUAAGCCAGUGUCUAGGUGCGCGCUAGGGAGGUUGUAGUAGCCCGAUUUUGCAUCUGCUUUGGCCAGGCAUAUUUCUGGGCCUCUCGGGGUUCUUGACCUGCGAGAUGAUUCAUCUGUGUAUAUUCUGGAUCUUAUCAUGUAGAAGUUACUUGUCGCCUCCGAGCGAUUUAAUGAAUAGCCAUGGACUCAACUCCUGCGUUAGAUAAAUGCUUUCGUCAGAAGAACUUCACACCUUCCUGGCCCUCGUUUCCAAAAACCUGGGCCUUGCCUCGUUUCACAAGGACAUUCAGCGACUUCAUCAUAACGUCUACAUCCAUCCCAUGCCAUUCUUGAGACAUCGUCGCCUCCCCUUCCACCAACUCAUAAACCGUCAACACCACAUUCUUCUGCCCCGUAUUUUCAAUCUACCAACCAUCAGCAUACAACUCCCCCAAUUGAAUGAGGGGAACAUACCC